AAAAAAAAAAAAAAAAAGAGAGAGAGAGAGAGAGAAGGUUCACAGCGUUUUUUCCGCCCAACAAAUCUAGAGAGAUAAACAACAACGUUGAGAAAUCCAAAAUCGGCAUUAAUCUCUGUAUCUCAUCUCAUCCUCAGGCUCAUCGACCUACUCUACUACUACUACUACUUCAUUUCAAACCCAAAAUUCAAAAAAACAAAAAAGAUGGGUUUCUUUAUGGGACUGAUACUAGGAAUAGCAGUGGGGUUGGCGAUAAUCGUGGGACUAGUGAAGUCCGAGAAUGUCCGGUCUAAGCGGCGGUCGGAGCUUGCUACUAUCAUAGCUGCUUUUUCUAAGAUGACAGUCGAAGAUUCUAGAAAGAUUUUCACUCCUGAGUACUACCCUUCCUGGCUUGUCUUCUCUCAGCGCCAGAAGUUGAAUUGGCUUAAUGUUCAUCUUACAAAGAUCUGGCCCUAUGUUAAUGAGGCAGCGUCUGAGCUUAUUAAGGCAUCGGUGGAGCCGGUGCUGGAACAAUACAGACCCGUUAUAUUGUCUUCCCUCAAAUUUUCCAAGUUCACUCUUGGUACUGUUGCACCUCAAUUUACAGGAGUUUCUAUUAUUGAAAAUGGAGAAAAUGGUAUCACCAUGGAGUUGGAAAUGAACUGGGACGGGAAUCCUAGUAUAGUACUUGAUAUUAAGACUAGAGUUGGUUUAGCACUUCCAGUGCAGGUCAAAGAUAUUGGAUUUACUGGGGUUUUCAGGCUGAUUUUUAAGCCGCUGGUUGAUGAGUUUCCAUGCUUUGGAGCUGUUUGUUGUUCUCUAAGACAAAAGAAAAAUAUGGAUUUUACACUUAAACUUAUUGGGGGCGACAUAUCAACAAUUCCUGGGCUCUAUGGUGCAAUAGAGGGUACAAUAAAAGAUGCUAUAGAAGAUUCUAUUAUGUGGCCUGCACGGAAAGUUAUACCUAUUUUGCCUGGGGAUUAUAGUGACCUGGAAUUAAAGCCUAUCGGGAUGUUAGAGGUAAAGCUUGUGCAAGCAAAGGAGCUAACAAAUAAAGAUAUCAUUGGAAAGUCAGAUCCCUUCGCUGUGUUAUAUGUACGGCCUUUACCUGACAGAAUGAAAACCAGCAAAACAAUUAACAAUGAUCUAAAUCCAAUCUGGAAUGAACACUUCGAAUUUGUUGUUGAAGAUGCAUCCACUCAACAUUUGGUGGUAAAAGUUUACGAUGACGAGGGGUUACAGGGAUCUGAACUCAUUGGGUGUGCUCAAGUGCUGCUGCGUGAUCUUCAGCCUGGUAAAGUUAAGGAUGUGUGGUUGAAGCUUGUUAAAGAUUUGGAAGUCCAGAGAGAUAAUAAAAACAGGGGUCAGGUGCAAGUGGAGCUUUUGUACUGUCCUUCUGGCAUGGAGAAUGGAUUUACCAACCCUUUUACCCAGGAUUUUUCAAUGACCUCCUUGGAGAAGGUUUUCAAAAGUGGUGUGAAUGGAACAGAAUCUCAUGAAAAUGAGAAAGCUGCCAUACAGAAGAAAAGGGAGGUUAUUAUUAGAGGAGUACUUUCUGUUACUGUGAUAUCUGCUGAAGACUUGCCUGCUGUGGAUCUCAUGGGGAAGGCUGAUCCCUAUGUUGUACUCACCAUGAAGAAAUCAGAUAUUAGAAACAAAACUAGGGUUGUGAAUGAGUGCUUAAAUCCUGUUUGGAAUCAAACUUUCGACUUUGUUGUUGAGGAUGGAUUACAUGAUAUGUUAAUCCUUGAAGUCUGGGACCACGACACAUUUGGAAAGGAUUAUAUGGGGAGAUGCAUCUUGACUCUAACAAGGGUUAUUUUGGAAGGGGAAUACAAAGAAUGCUUCCAGCUAGAUGAAGCAAAAUCAGGAAAAUUGAAUUUGCACCUCAAGUGGAUGCCACAGCCAAUUUACCGCGAUACUUGAGUGUUUUUUGUUCUGCUGCUGACAGUAACUCUUUAAGUCAAGAACAUUGCGAGCUGCGAAAUUUAUACAAGAACAUUGCUGACACUGACACAAAUUAAUUAAUUAAUAAACCUUGCACCAUGUAUUUUCAAGUAAAAAGUAGAGCAUUGUACAUAAUUGUUUCAUAACUUAAGGCUAAAUGUAAGCAGUGAAGUUUUGAAGAAAAUACACCUUGUGUGGGUUGAAAGAAAAUAGCUAAAAUUGUUGCAUGAGAUUGUUACAUAGCGGUAUUUUGAUUUGCGACGUUUUGUUUCA